UUUCAACGUUAGAACAAAAUACGCAAAACUACACUUUAUAUCUACGGUACUUUGUAAAUGAACGCGAGACUCUAAACUAACUGAAAUAUCUUGUUUUAAUAUGAACGCACCGUCAAUGAGAUGCGACUGCGCAUGCGCAUUGGCCCUUGCUCGACGUGCGCUGUAGCUGAUCGGUUGUGUGUCUACCAUAAUGCUGAGCGAGGCCCCACCGGGUUUCUCUUGGACAACAAAGGGAGGCAGAUCUCUGUCCAUAUGAGAUUUACCCACCUGUGCGAAGAGGGGAUCAUGCAGGACUGAGUCCGUCCAGCGAUGUACGUCACAGAAACAGUAAACGUUGUCUCGUCGUAGCAGCGACCUUGGCGGCAUCCCUGGUGUACGAGCAGACGUGGUGGAGAGAGCGCAGGCGGUCAUGGAUCCGGCCGCGGGAGAGAACCAGAACCUACGUUCCUCUGGAAGACAGGUCAACGUCAGACUGAAGCGCUGCAGCAACAGCCCUGCAGGACAAAGCCGAAGGAGAGCGGCAGACACAGAGGAGGAGGACGACCAGUCGGAGAAGAAACACAGGAGAUGUGAAAAGUCGGGCUGCUCGGCCACGUACCCAGUGUGCUUCGCCAGCACCUCCGAAAGGUGUGCAAAGAAUGGCUAUACGUCGCGAUGGUACCACCUAUCCUGCGGAGAGCAUUUCUGUAAUGAGUGCUUUGAUUUCUAUUACAGAAGUCAUAAAGAUGGUUAUGAGAAGUAUGCCAGCUGGAAGAGGGUGUGGACAGGCAAUGGGAAGAGUGAGCCCAGUCUGAGAGCCUUUAUGGCCGACCAGCAGCUUCCGUACUGGGUCCAGUGCACUAAACCAGACUGUGGAAAGUGGCGACAGCUGACCAAGGAGAUCCAGCUCACCCCCUCGCUUGCUAUGACCUACCGCUGUGGGAUGAAAUUCAACAACGUUAAGAACGAGGGUCCCGACCAGUGCUCCCAGCCAGAAGACAUGAGGGUAGCUGAAGUGAUUGACAGCUGGUGGCACUCCAUGCUGAUCCUGCCACCGCUGCUGAAAGACAGCCCUGCCGACCCGUUCCUCAUCGCCUACUACCCCGACUGCGUGGGCAUGAGUCCCUCCGGCUCCCCCUGCAACAUCCCCCUGAGCGAGAUGAAGGCUGAGCAGCUCCGAGCCCCACAGACACAGGUUCCAGGGCUCUGUCCGUACUUCCAGCCUUUCUACCAGCCCAACGAGUGCGGCAAGGCGCUCUGCGUGCGGCCGGACAUGAUGGAGCUGGACGAGCUCUACGAGUUCCCAGAGUUCUCCCGCGACCCCACCAUGUACCUCGCCCUGCGCAACCUUGUCCUGGCCUCCUGGCAUCGAGACUGCAAGACGGUGCUGACGGCGCAGACAUGCGCAGCACACGUCAUCGUGCGCGGGCUGGUGCGCGUCCGCUGUGUGCAGGAACUGGACCGCGUGCUCUGCUUCAUGACCCGGAAGGGCCUGAUCAACACCGGCGUGCUGUCCGUCACCGAGCCGCUGCUGCCCGGCUGCUACCGCAACAAUAAGGUGAUAGUGAUUGGAGCUGGAGCCUCAGGUCUGGCCGCCGCCCGGCAGCUGCAUGGUUUCGGCUUGCAGGUGGUGGUACUGGAAGCGAGGGACCGGAUCGGGGGCAGGGUGUGGGACGACACAUCCCUAGGUGUCACCGUGGGGCAGGGGGCCCAGAUUGUCAACGGCUGCGUCAACAACCCCAUUGCACUAAUGUGUGAGCAAAUGGGUAUAACGAUGCAUAAGCUGGGUGACAGGUGUGACCUGAUCCAGGAAGGUGGACGCACCACUGAUCCCGCCGUGGACAAGCGGAUGGACUUCCACUUGAACGCCAUCCUGGACGUGGUGUCUGAGUGGAGGAAGGACAUGCCCCAGCAUGUGGACGUCCCUCUGGGAGAGAAAAUCCAAGAGGUUUAUAAGAACUUUCUCCAGGAGUCGGGGAUUCAGUUCAGUGAUCUGGAGGAGAAGGUGCUUCAGUACCACCUCAGCAACCUGGAAUAUGCCUGCGGCAGUGACCUCAGCCAGGUGUCCUCUCGCUCCUGGGACCACAACGAGUUCUUUGCACAGUUUUCCGGCGACCACACCCUUCUGACUCCCGGCUACUCCUCCAUCCUGGCCAAGCUGGCCGAGGGCCUGGACAUCCACCUCAACACCCCGGUCCAGAGCAUCGACUAUUCUGCAGAUCUGGUUAAAGUCACUACAUGCAGUGGUACUCAGUACACUGCCCAGAAGGUUCUGGUCACCAUCCCGUUGGCCCUUCUUCAGAAGAACACGGUUCAGUUUAACCCUCCGCUUCCUGAGAGGAAGCUGAAGGCGAUUAACAGCCUUGGGGCAGGAGUUAUUGAAAAGAUUGCUUUGCAGUUCCCGUACCGCUUUUGGGACAGCAAGAUCCAGGGUGCUGAUUAUUUCGGACACGUCCCGCCCAGCCCCGAAAAGAGGGGCAUGUUUGGGAUGUUUUACGAUAUGGACCCAGAGAGAAAACAUAGUGUCCUGAUGUCUGUCAUCACGGGUGACGCUGCGAGCACCAUCAGGAAUCUGGAUGAUGUGCAAGUGGCAGAUCUGUGCAUGAAAAUGCUACGUGAGCUGUUCAGAGAGCAGGAGGUCCCAGAUCCGGUGCAGUACUUCGUCACACACUGGAGCAAAGACACGUGGUCUCAGAUGUCCUACAGCUUCGUCAAGACAGGGGGCAGCGGAGAGGCAUACGACGUCAUAGCUGAGGAAGUGCUCGGGAAGCUGUUCUUCGCAGGAGAGGCUACCAACCGACAUUUUCCCCAGACAGUGGCUGGAGCCUACCUGAGCGGCGUGCGGGAAGCGAGUAAAAUGGCAGCUUUGUAGCUAGAGAGAGUGGGGCUAGUAGCACAGCGUGUGGCAACACUACUCUGGUGUUAACCUGCAUCCGGACCCGGGAGCUACAGCUGUAUCACUCUGUAUUUCCCAACAUGCAUUGCAGCGCAGCUCUUCUGCUCUGAAGGUCAUACUUGUGGGUACUAAUUAAGACUUUGGGAAAAGAAGAGUUUCCAGUAGAAUAAUGUUAAACGUGUGAUGAAAGCGCUUAUAAAUUACUCGGUUGUACGAUGUUACUAUAUGAUUUAGCACUUUUUGUUCAUCUGCCGGGACCGCUGUUUGCACAGGAUGUUUGGGUACUUGUGUAUGUGAUGUUGUAAUAAUGGGUAAGGACACAAAAGUGGCUUUAAUCACUCAGAAGUGGAUGAAAGACUUCCGUCAUUAAUAUACACAUUCAAAAUGCAUUUUUUACUGAGUGAAUUCUAUACUUUUUGCAUAUGUCCAAGGCUUUUGUAAUAAAUUGUCUUCGAUUGAGAAAUUACAGAGCAGCGAAUUGUUCUAGUGCGUAAUAUAUGCUAAGUUAAUUAUAUUUGUUUCUGAAUACACGGUGCCGCUUGUAACGGGAUGCAUUUAAUUGUUUUCUGUCUGUAUAAUGCUCUGUGGAGGUUAAUAGGUACAGUCACGCUGGUUUCUGGACAGAUUCUGGCAAGACUACACAGCCACACAUUAAAGAAAGAAAUAAAUCA